AUGGAGUUGCGGCACUCGGCUUCCCCAACCAUUGCAAUCAUCGGCGCUGGUAUUGCCGGCUUAGCUCUUGCUAUCGGCCUCGUAAAGCGCGAUGUUCCAGUCACCAUCUACGAAGCCGCAGACCAAUUCUCCACGGUUGGUGCCGGUAUCGGUUUAGGCCCGAACUCCCUGGACGCCAUGGACGCGAUUGAUCCGAGGUUUGGCGAGAGAUACGAGGAGGUGAAGACACAAAACGAGAAACCAGACUUCAAGCACAGCAUCUUUGACGUAUUGUACGCCGAGGAAGGUUUUGGCGAAAAGCGGGGGUGGAAACGCGGUCUCAUCGGCGCCCCUUACUUCACGCGAAGUGGUGCACACCGCCGCGACCUGUUGGAUAUUAUGGAAAGUUUGGUCCCUAAAGGAAUCGUCAAGUUUGGAAAGCGCGCGUACUCAGUCGAGCAAGUGGGUAAUAAGGUCUUGAUGAGAUUUCAGGAUGGUACGGUAGAGACAGCCGAUGCGGUUGUGGGCUGCGAUGGUGUUAAAGGUAUUACGCGCCGGACCGUCUUGGGGAAUAUCGCACCCGAAGAAAUUCCACCUACGUUUUACGGUAUGUACAUGUAUAGGGGAAUAAUACCGAUACGAGAGGCGAAGGAGAUCUUAGGGACCCACGCCGGCGACGCGAAGUUUUUCAUGGCCAUGGGAAAAGCUGUGGUGGUCUAUCCUAUUUCGCAGGGCAAAGAAGAGAAUUUCGGGUUCAUGAUUUCGAAACCUGACCCCUGGAUGGACGGGGACGCUGCUGUGCCUUGCACGAAAGAGGAGAUGCUUGAAGAUCUGGAAGGAUUUGACCAUAGGCUACUAAAGCUACUAGACUACGCCAUACCUCUGAGAUGGCCGAUGUGGCAUCACCCACAGACAACCACAUUCUAUAAUGGACGAGUAUGCUUGUUGGGCGAUGUUGCGCACGCUUCCAGUCCUCAUCAGGCCGCCGGCGCUGGCCAGGGGUUGGAAGAUGCUGCCGUCCUCUCUCACCUACUCACUCUUGUCAAGACCUCCGAUGAAAUCGAAACAGCCUUCCGAGUCUACGACGCGGUCAGACGGCCGCGUGCGCAAAAAGUUGUCCUUACGAGCGCCGAAGCAGGACUGAUUUACACAUGGCGAGGACCGACUACCGGAAGCGAUAUGCACAAGAUUGUCGAAAACGCGAAUAGACGCAUGCCUUGGAUAUGGCUGCAUGACCUCGAUGCGGAUAUCAAGACGGCCGACGAUAGCUUCUAUAAAUUAGUACGAAAGCAGCAGGACUUAUUACACGUACAGGAUGGUGAUCCAUCCAAGGCUGGGAGAAUAAUGAGAGGCGAUGGGUUAGGAGCUUCAGGUCCCAUUGGGUAUCCCACGCACUGGGUAACUAUCGAAGUACCUUUGCCGGUACAGAUGCGCGAGUGCGGCACAGAUCGCUCAACUCAGUUCAAAAUUUGUGACAAAAUUGCCCUGCAAUCUUAG